CAACAAAUUUGUUCAAAUUUCUUUCCUCGGUUUACUUUAAUCUAUGCCAACACACUCGAAUUUUUAUCCUCGGCAUCCCCUGAUUCUAAUGUCAGUUAUAUCGUAAUGUUUGAUAUUUGUUGAAAUGAACUUUUCGACUAUUUGUAAUCGCUUAUUAAUGUUUUAAUACUCAUGAAAUAACAGUAAAGAGUUUUAAUUGCAUGUGCAUUGUUUAAAUGCGUUUUAUUUAUUGAGUGAAGUAAUACUCGCUUCUUUUAUACGAUCAGUGAAGAUCAUUAUUUCGUAAAAUGGCUGAUUCCAGUGAUUUGGAUCGGCAAAUAGAACAACUAAAAAAAUGCGAAAUCAUCAAAGAAGCAGAAGUCAAAGCUCUUUGUGCCAAAGCGCGUGAAAUUCUUAUUGAAGAAAGUAAUGUGCAAAGAGUGGAUUCUCCAGUCACUGUAUGUGGAGAUAUUCACGGGCAAUUUUAUGAUUUAAAGGAAUUAUUUAAGGUUGGCGGUGAUGUACCAGAAACAAAUUAUCUGUUUAUGGGAGACUUUGUUGACAGAGGGUUUUAUAGCGUUGAAACAUUCCUUCUCCUUUUGGCAUUAAAGGUCCGUUAUCCUGAUAGGAUUACAUUAAUAAGAGGAAAUCAUGAGUCUCGACAAAUUACACAAGUUUAUGGUUUCUAUGAUGAAUGUUUACGCAAAUAUGGUAGCAUUACAGUUUGGCGAUAUUGUACUGAAAUAUUUGAUUAUUUAUCUCUUUCUGCUAUCAUCGAUGGAAAAAUCUUCUGUGUACAUGGAGGAUUAUCUCCAAGUAUUCAAACACUUGAUCAAAUAAGAACAAUAGAUAGAAAGCAAGAAGUACCUCAUGAUGGUCCCAUGUGCGAUUUACUUUGGUCAGAUCCAGAAGAUACUCAAGGUUGGGGAGUUUCACCACGUGGUGCUGGUUACCUGUUCGGAAGUGAUGUUGUAGCACAGUUUAAUUCUGCAAAUGACAUUGAAAUGAUUUGUAGAGCACAUCAGUUAGUUAUGGAAGGAUAUAAAUGGCAUUUUAAUGAGACAGUUUUGACCGUUUGGUCGGCACCUAAUUACUGCUAUAGAUGUGGAAAUGUUGCUGCAAUAUUAGAAUUAAAUGAACACCUUCAACGAGAAUUUACAAUAUUUGAAGCAGCACCCCAGGAAAGUCGAGGAAUACCCAGUAAAAAGCCCCAAGCUGAUUACUUUUUAUAAAAAAAAUUUAAUUGAAAGAAUGACUGCAUAAACCAAAAUAUCUCCAAAUGUUUCUCUUUUUUAAAGAAAGAAAUCAUUUGAAACGAUUGCAUGACAUAUAUUUACAAAAAAAGUAAGAAGAUUCACAUAAAAGAAAAGGAUCAUGUAGGCAAAGACAAUGUUGAUUAAUUUGUAAUUGAACAUUAUCAACGGACUGCUAUCGGUAUUGAAAAUAUCAAUUUGAUAUAAUAAAUAUUAUGAGUACA